AUGGCUAAUUGGCGUUCAUUGUAUCGUCUAAGGAGACGUAUUAAAAUGGAACAACUUUCAAAACAACGAUGGUUCAGUAAUCCAGAUUCUAAAAUAAUACCAUUAGAUACAUCAAUUUUAUUUUAUCCAACUUAUACAUGUUCUACAAUAGAGACUACUAAACAAGAUUAUUUAACUAGAAUACGAUUAUUAAUUGCUGCACCAGGUAAUGAAAAUUCAAGAAAAAAUAAAAUUAUUUUAAGUUUAUGUAGACAAUAUUUAAAAGAACAAUCAACUAUUACGCAAUCAAGACUCAAUGGUUUUCUAUCAAGAAGUAUACCAACAUCCAAAUUAAUUGUAGAUUUAAUUAAUCAUAAUAAUAUUGUAACAGAUACGAAAUUUUUAAAUACUGAUCCAAGGGGUUUACUUACAACAACUUUAAGAAGUUCAGAUAUUCCAGACGCUAUAAGAAUUACAUUAGAUACUCCAUCAAGUUUCCCGCAUUUGGUAUCUAAUGUAUAUCCAAGCCAUUACAUUAAACCAAAUGGAAUUGGUGUAAUAAGUGAUAUAGAUGAUACAAUUAAACAUACAGGUGUCACUGGUGAUAAAAAAUCAAUGUUUAAGAAUGUUUUUGUUACACCUUGGGAAGAUUGGAUAAUUGAAGGUAUACCAAAAUGGUUUAACUCAAUGGCAUCACAAUACAAUGUAGAUUUUUUUUAUGUUUCAAAUUCACCUUUUCAAUUAUAUCCAACUUUACAAAAUUAUAUUUCGAAGACUUUACCAAAUGGCCCAAUUUUCUUAAAACAAUAUGCAGGUAAUAUAUUUGCAAGUAUAAUGAAUACUUCAUCGGCAAAUAGUAAAAAAAGUACAAUUGAACAAAUUUUAAAUGAUUUCCCUCAAAAGAAAUUUUUAUUGAUUGGUGAUUCAGGUGAAAAAGAUUUCGAAACAUAUGUUGAUAUUGCUUUAAGAUAUCCAGAACAAAUCAUUGCAAUUUAUAUUCGUUGUUGUAAGGAUUCAAUUAGUGAUGGUAGUUAUAAUGAUGUAGCAAUGGUGCAAGAAUUGAAUAAAACCAUUGCUAAACAAUACAUGAAACCAUUUCAACCUCCAACAAUACCGAAUAAACCAACAAUUGUACUAUCGGAUUCUCAAAAGGAGUCAAUCAGAAUAUCUAAGGAAAGAGUACCUCCACCUCCACCACCACCAUUGCCAAAACGUCCAUCCACUAUAUCAUCGAUGACCUCCUCCUUAUCAUCUUCUUCUGCAUCUUUUACAGGGUUAGAUUCAGAUUCUCAUGAACGACCUUUAAGUUCAAGGGAAAGACAUUCGAAUAAUGAUGCCUAUGUAAUGCCUUCGACACAAAACGAUUAUAACACAUAUGAUGAAUAUUUCGAUAAAAAAGCCGAUUCUUGGAAAUUAAGAUUGAAUAUUGGAUUACGGCAAUUGAUUAAUUUACCAAAUUUUAAUAUAGAUAUUCAAUUCUUCAUCGAUCCUACUACUUGCAUGACAAAUUCAAUGAAAUUAAUACGUACUCGCAAAUAA